GACGACACCUCAUAACUUCUUCUACUCAGUUUGUGUAUGGCUUUUGUUCCCCAUACUGCACUCUUUACCAUCCUCGCUAUAUCUCAACUCUCUCACUUUCAAUGGUGAACAUGAAACUGCACUUCUUCAGCAGUGACUGUGAGAGUAUUAUACAGCUUCUCUUAAUCAUCAUCCGUUCACUCUAGUCUAUCCCUUUUUCAUAAUAAACUUCGACACAACAGUACUUAUAAAAUAUCAAUGGAGGAAGAACGGCGAGUUCUGUUCGGAAAGUACGAGAUGGGAAGGCUUUUAGGCAAAGGAACCUUCGCCAAGGUCUACUACGGCAAAGAGAUCACCGGUACUGGCGAGAGCGUCGCCAUCAAAGUCAUCAACAAGGACCACGUCCUGAAGAGACAAGGUAUGAUGGAGCAAAUCAAACGCGAGAUCUCGAUCAUGAAGCUCGUUCGCCACCCAAACAUCGUGGAGCUAAAAGAAGUGAUGGCCACGAAGACCAAGAUCUUCUUCGUCAUGGAGUUCGUCAGAGGCGGCGAGCUUUUCGAUAAAAUCUCCAAAGGCAAGCUCCGCGAGGACGCGGCCCGCAGGUACUUCCAGCAGCUCAUCUCGGCCGUCGAUUUCUGCCACAGCAGAGGCGUCUCUCACCGCGACCUGAAGCCCGAGAACCUCCUCCUCGACGAUAACGGAGAUUUGAAGAUCUCCGACUUCGGACUCUCCGCGAUGCCGGAGCAGAUCCUCCACGACGACGGACUGCUCCACACGCAGUGCGGAACGCCGGCGUACGUGGCGCCGGAGGUGCUCCGGAAGAAGGGGUACGACGGCGCCAAGGCGGAUAUAUGGUCGUGCGGCGUCGUUCUCUACGUGCUCCUCGCCGGAUGCCUGCCGUUUCGCGACGAGAAUCUGAUGAACAUGUACCGGAAGAUCUUCAGGGCGGAUUUCGAGUUCCCGCCGUGGUUUUCGCCGGAGUCGAGGAGGCUCGUCUCCAGGCUCCUCGUCGCCGAUCCCGAUCGGCGGAUCUCGAUGCCGGAGAUCAUGAGAACGCCGUGGAUCAGGGAGAACUUCGCGCCGCCGUUAGGUUUCGAGAUCGAACCGAUCGACGAAGAGGAAACGACGGAGCCGGUUUCGCCGAAGUUCUUCAACGCCUUCGAGUUCAUCUCCUCGAUGUCGUCGGGGUUCGAUCUGUCGAGCUUGUUCCAGAGCGAGAGGAAGCUUCGAUCGGUGUUCACGUCGCGGUCCUCGGCGGCGGAGAUAAUGGAGAAGAUCGGAGCGGUUACGAAGGAGAUGGACAUGAACGUGAAGACGACGAAGGAUUUCAGAGUGAAGAUGGAGGGGAAAACGGAAGGGAGAAAAGGACGGCUGUCGAUGACGGCGGAAGUGUUCGAAGUGGCGCCGGAGAUGUCAGUUGUGGAGUUCUGCAAAUCGGCGGGAGAUACUCUGGAGUACAAUAGGUUUUACGAAGAAGUUAGGCCUGCGUUAAACGACAUCGUUUGGUCAUGGCACGGCCAUGAUAGCGCGGUUAAUCAAAUACCCGAUGGUCAGGGCACGGUUAACAGCAGUAUACUUUGAAUCAGGAGUUUUGGUUUUCAGUGCACCGGUUUACUGGUUAAUGUAUUGUGUAGUAGUAUAAGAACUGUUACAUUGAACCUAAAUAUUGUUUGGUUUAAUAUAAUUCUGGUUUUACUUCAAAGAAACUCAGAAAACUAAAGUUUUUAAGUUCA